AUGGACGACGAGUCUUUCCACCUCAAGAUGCUUAACAGCAUUCUGGCUGAGGCCAACAUCUCGGAUGACGACAAAGAGUUCAUCGGCAACUUCAUUGCCGACAAGGUCAACGAGCAGGACGCAACUACUAUCGCUUAUAGAUCACUGUGCUCUAUCUCGGCCUUCUUAGACUCCCAGGGGUUCUUAACCGGUAUCCAACGAGCCGUUCUGGUCAAGCUCGUCGAGGAUCUUUGGUCCCGAAUCGAUCGUGCCGGCCCGGUUCUUGCGAUCGAAGACGCGCCUGCUCCAGUUGGAAACGACGAGACAGGAAACAAAGAAGACGGAAUGUCUACAUCAAAGGCUUGUGAUGAGCAGGAAGCUCAGGAUCUUCAGGAAUUCCUGGACUUUCAGGGAGCUCAGGAAGCCAAGGACGCCCAGGCCGCUCAGGACGCUCGAGGCACUCAAGACGCUCAGGCAGUCGCUUCUUCUGCCACUACUCCUCGCAACGAUGGUGGUGCGGAUAUCCUGGCUCAGGGCAUUAAUGACGUCUCUCUCAACGACAAUGCUCCGACGCCCGGGUUUGUGAAAGAGAAGGAGGCAUACCAGCCGAAGCCGGUUAACUUCCAUGCUCACACGGUAGAUGCUGGUAAGGGUACGUCACCCACCAAGUCCGUAUUCCGUCUUGGCCAAGAGCUGAAGCAGGCCUACCCUUUUGCUCAUCGGCUCAUGAAGGAGCAAGGUUGGACACCUGGCCGAGGCCUUGGACCUGACGGUACCGGCAUUCAGAAGCCGAUAGAUGCUCAUUCCCUUGCAGGCAUUGACAAGACCAUAGUUGCCGCCGACGGUGUCGGACACUCUGGCCGCAAGGCUGCCGAAGACCACAAUGCUGUCGCGAGAGACGACGAGCAGCGUCUGGAUUACCACCUAAGCCACCUACGCGAUUACAUGUUCCCUACUGUUGAAUCGCCGCCCCGACGCGUAUCCGCACCCGCUCGAUCAGCUGCUCCUACCGCUCCGGUAAAGGGCUCUGAGAUGACCAUGCAGAGUGCUCAAAGCCACCAGACUGGCCAGGCACAAGGAGGAACGGGUCCUACGGCUUGGUCACAGUAUACCAAAGACCCCAGAGCGGGUGAUGCGAGUGCCAAGCCGGGGUACGCCCCCAAGGGCGGACCUGUUGGCGACAAUGUGGUGACUGGGGGUCCCGUGUUCACGGAAAAGUCCCGGGACACAUCAGUGCCAGUCCAAUCCCCUGGUCCAAAGUAUCCAACUGGUCGAGGAGUACGUCUGUCACCUCACCGUUCGGCGGAGUCAAGCCAGGCCGUCAAUGGUCGCGGUGGAACUGUGGUAAACAAGAAGGCAGGUGGUCGAAAGGGCAAGAUGAAGCAGCCCGAACGCGGAACCCAGCAGCAUGGCUACAGCUACACGAUUAACGAAGCUGCCGACUCUCGCUACUCAAGCCGCGUAUUUAGGGGCUAUAACGUACCCAACCGCAAACUCAACGAUUUUGGUGAUGAGAUUCCCGGUACUGAGUACUGGGAUGAACCUCAGGAACAGCCUGUGUGGGCCACCUAUUCCAAUGAGACGAAUCCCCUUCGCACUGAGACUGAGACGGAGCACCAUCGCACUGAAACAGAGGCCCUUCCCACGGAGACGGGACCCCUUCCCACGGAGACAAAGCCCGAUACCACUGGACACUUGCGUUGGGACCGCGGUUGGUAG